UAUUUACAUUUAGAUAUAGUUUUGGAUCUGUACUGUGAGAGAAUAUAGAACACAAGCAACUAGUUACGUUUACAUCAAAGCAUUUGAUGAUCUUCAAUGCCUGAAGUUAAAUGUCCUAUUAACUAUAAGCUCACCAGAUGCUGAAUGAUUUCAAUUCUUUGUAUCGUCUAUUGCUUUGCCUGUGAAGAUAAGCAGAAAAAAAAAUAUAUAUAUACAUUCCAGAUAUAUUUACAAGCUAAUCAUUCAGAAGCACACAACACUGCUGAUCCUGCUUUAAUGUGGAGUCCGUAGGGACAUUGUAGCUAUUGAUUGCAUGUACACAUCAUGCGCAGCAAUCAUUGUAUAUUUAUACAGAUGUAUUAAAAUGUGGAUUUUCUGGAUUUAAGUUUGUGUUGGAUAGAUCAGCUGAAUGCUGAAGACUUUAGGGAGGAAGUGAUAAGAAGGCAAUGCUCAUCGAAAAAUGAAAACGGAGCAGUUGACAAAACCUAGCAAUGAAUGCAGCAACUGUUCUCUAUUCAACUGUGAUUCUUUUUUUUUCUAUUUUAUAAUCUGUGCGCCCAGCCAUGGUUUACCCGUUGAUUUGUUCCAGACUGCAGACUGAAAACUGGAAUUUAACUGAAUACAAUUGUCAGUUGUAAGCUGAUGUGGCUACUGGCCUUACAGAAAGAGAGGAAGAGAGAGAAAGCCCAACUGUGAAAUGACUGAAUCCAAUCUGUGAUUUUAAUACUUUGCAAUUGAUCAUCAACUUUGAUGGGUGCUUGCAUUUUGGAUUUUCUCCAGAUAGCUUGCAAAUCCCUGCAUUAUUUAAUAUUCAUGAAUUCCUGCUUGCAAAUAAAGAUAAUGUGAAGGAAAAUAAAAAUUGACAGCUUUUAGGAGGACAGCUGGCAGACAAUCUAUGUUAGACAUUCAUAUUGAAAAGCUAUUUUCAAAGAAUAUGAUGUGUUAUGGGCACUUCUGAAUCUUUUAAAAACGUUGUAUGUUUCAUAAUUCAAUUAUGGACACAGUCAAAAAUCUUAACAUUCUUGAUUGUUUAAUAUAUGGACCUGUUUUUUUUUUUACGAUUCACACUUUGCCUCCAAGUUGAACAUGUAGACUAAGGCUUGUCUACUUUUCUAAGACAAAGGAAAAUUUCCAUCUGUUUUCACAAUGUUAUCGAGAAAAUGAAAUUUUCAAGGAAACAGAAACCACUGAUCUAAUAUUGUGUUAUUUUUUUCAACCGGGACAUGACAUAAAUAAAAGGGAAGACAAUAAAGUUAGCAUGUGUAAACAGAUGGCCACUGGGAUGCUCCUCUUCAUCUGUUCCGUCUUUUCCCUCUGGGGUCUUGCCCUUUCUUUACGUACUUUAAAUUAUUCAAUUUUAGAAGAGAGAGGGGCAAGGGCUGUCCUUGGCAAUAUUAAUAAUGAUGGUAAUCUGGAGUUGCCAGAAAAAGGAAAGAAGCCUAAUUUUCGAUUGUUGGAGAAUUCUGCCCCGCAAUUACUGGGUGUUGAUCAGGAUAGUGGGUUAUUGUUCACAAAACAGAGGAUUGACAGGGAAAUGCUAUGCAAGAAAAGUCCCAAAUGCUUGAUUUCUCUAGAAGUCUUUGUCAAUGAUAAAGAAAUAUGUAUGGUUAAAGUAGAGAUACUGGACAUUAAUGAUAACUCACCCAAAUUCCCCUCUGAGCAGAUAGAUAUUGAGAUUUCAGAAAAUGCAUUGCCUGGGACACGAUUUCCUCUGACAACAGCACAAGAUCCAGAUUUAGGAGAUAAUGACUUGAAGACUUACAUGAUCAUGCAUGGUGAUCAUCGUUUGUUUUCCUUGGAUAUAAAAUCCAGGAGUGAUGGUACAAAGGUUCCUGAGCUAGUUAUUGAGAAAUCCCUGGACAGAGAAGAGCAAUCUCAUCACAGACUCAUUUUGGUUGCUGUUGAUGGUGGUAAUCCUCCUAGAUCAGCUACCCUGCUAAUAAAUGUAAAAGUUAUUGAUUCCAAUGACAAUAGCCCUGUUUUUGAAUCCAAGUCUUAUACUGUUGAAAUUGAAGAAAACUCUCCAUUAGGUAAAAUUGUCAUUGACCUCAAUGCCUCUGAUGCAGAUGAAGGCACCAAUGGGGAUAUUUUGUAUUCAUUCAGUGGUUAUGCUUCUGAUCGCAUCUGGGAACUUUUCUCACUUGAUUCCAAAAGUGGUAUAAUACAAGUAAAAGGUAACUUAGAUUAUGAAGAAAAUGGACUCAUUGAAAUUGAUGUCCAGGCUGAAGAUCAAGGACCUAACCCAAUACCUGUGCAUUGCAAAGUAACGGUAAAAAUUACUGACCAAAAUGACAAUGCCCCAACAAUUAGUUUUGUAUCGGUACGGCCAGGUGAAAUUAGUGAGGCAUCUCCUCCUGGUACAGUUAUUGCAUUAGUUAGGGUUACCGAUAAGGACUCCGGAAAGAAUGGUCAGUUGCAUUGUCGGGUCAUUGGCAAUGAGCCGUUCAAACUUGAAGAUAAUUAUGACAAUUUCUACACUGUUAUAACCAGCAGGCCUCUUGAUCGUGAAGUGCAAGAUGAAUACAAUGUGACAAUAAUUGCCCAAGAUAAUGGCAGCCCUUCCUUAAAUUCCACAAAAUCCUUUAUUGUGAAAAUCAUGGAUGAAAAUGAUAACCUACCACGUUUCUUUAAAUCUUUGUAUGUGCUGCAGGUGUCUGCAAACAAUAUUCCUGGGGAGUAUUUAGGCUCAGUUGUUGCCCAUGAUCCAGAUUUAGGGCCAAAUGGCACUGUUUCUUAUUCAAUCUUGCCAUCGUAUAUUGAUGGUGUUUCAGUCUACACUUAUGUCUCCGUGCACCCUGCAAAUGGGGCAAUUUAUGCACUAAGGACUUUUUAUUAUGAAUUGACAAAAUAUUUUGAAUUUAAAUUGCUUGCAAAAGAUUUAGGCUCCCCUCCUCUAGAAAGUAACACUACAGUGAGAGUGACCAUAUUGGAUGUUAACAAUAAUGCACCCAUCAUUGUACUGCCAACUUUGCAGAAUGAUACAGCAGAGAUCCACGUCCCUAGAAAUGCAGGAAUGGGAUACCUUGUCAGCACAAUAAAAGCAAUGGACAUUGAUUUUGGCGAAAGUGGCCGACUAACAUACGAAAUUCUACAAGGGAAUGAAGAGCACUUCUUUGACCUGGACACGGUGACUGGCGAGAUCAAAGUUCGAAAUCCUUAUUGGGAAGAUAUUUCUCCUGUAGAACUCAUUGUCAAAGUGACAGAUAAUGGUAAACCAUCACUUUCAACUAUAGCAAAGCUAAUUAUCAAAAUAAACACUGCUUGUCUUCCGGAAGGAGAGACAAGUUUGUCUGGAGAACACAAGGAUUGGGAUGUUUAUUUGCCGGUUACUGUCACUUUAAUCACAAUUUCCAUAGUAUUGCUUGCUGCAAUAGUAUCAAUAAUUAUUUUGUGUAAAAAGGAAACCAAAGAACUAACACCAUAUAACAAUAAACUUAUAGAGCCUCCGUUUAUGAAAGUAAAAAAGAAAAAACUAAACAAAAAUGAGAUUAUGCUGGUGCAAAGCGAAGUAGAGGAAAGGAAUGCAAUGAAUGUUGUAAGUGGCCCAUCGCUUGCUAUAUCUCCAAUGUAUUUCGAUUGUCAAACCAGCUUGCCCCUAAGUUCCUCCCACACUGAAGUGGUGUACUUGAAGCCUACAUCAAAUAUGAUGACUGUUCCUCAAGAAACUAUUGGAUGUCCCAGUUUUUCAGCACCGGUUAGAAAUAAAGAUGCAAAUUCUUCAACACGGAUAUCAAUAUCGCAGACAGACAAUUUCCCCACUGAGCCCAAUUACAUGGGCAGUAGACAGCAGUUUGUUCAAAGUAGCUCAACAUUUAAGGACCCAGAACGAGCCAGCUUAAGGGACAGUGGCCACGGAGAUAGUGAUCAAGCCGAUAGUGAUCAAGAUACCAACAAAGGUUCUUGCUGUGAUAUGUCUGUAAGGGAAGCUCUUAAAAUGAAAACAACUUCCGCUAAAUGCCAGUCACUCGAUCAAGAUCCCUGCUGUAAAAAUGCGGAUCGAUGCUCUAUAAAGUCUGCGUGCAAGACUGUAUGGACAGAGCAAGAAGAAUGUAUUAACUGCACAGAGGAAUGCAGAGUGCUUGGUCACUCAGACCGGUGUUGGAUGCCUCAGUUCCCAACAGCAAACCAGGUAGAAAAUGCUGAUUACCGCACAAAUCUCUUUGUUCCGACCGUUGAAGCUCAUGUUGAAACUGAGACUUAUGAAACUGUGAAUCCCACUGGAAAAAAGACAUUUUGUACUUUUGGAAAAGACAAAAGAGAGCACACAAUUCUCAUUGCCAAUGUUAAACCAUAUUUAAAAGCCAAGCGUGCCCUGAGUCCCUUGCUUCAAGAGGGUCCCUCUGCAUCAAGCAGCCCAACCAAGACAUGCAUUGAGCCUUGUGCCUCUACUAAGGGACCAUUGAAUAGCUGUGAAAUUAAAUCAGGAGUCUUGGCAGAAACAACCAACCAUUACAUGUCUUCUGAAAGUCAAUACCUAUCGCCUAGUAAACAGACAAAAGAUCCCCAAUAUAUUGCAUCAGAUCCAAUGGCUCGCGUAUUUGCAGAUGUGCAUUCCAGAGUGAGCCGAGACUCAAAUGAGAUGGACUCUGUUUUGGAGCAGUUGGAGCAUUCAAAUCGAGAUCUUGGACGAGAGUCAGUUGAUGCGGAGGAAGUUGUUAGAGAAAUUGACAAGCUCUUGCAAGACUGUCGAGGAAAUGAGGCAGUGGCUGUAAGAAAGUAAGCGGAAGGACCUGUUAUAUUUGCCUUUUUCCCAGUAAAAAUAUACAUUUUAUCCUGGGUACAGCACAUUGGCUGGGGAGCUAUAUAGACUGAGGCUGCUUUGUGGCUACAAGAGAACAGUUUAAGUGCCCCUCAACUUUUUCAGUGAAUUUUGUUUGUCUCCAAUUACAUGGGCUUCAUUUUGACAAAAAACAAAUCAAACAUACAACAACCUUCCGUUGGACAAAGUCAAGGAAACUACACCAUGAAAUAUGACAAUCUGAUAUAUAAGGGAACAGGACUAUAAACAUUUACGGAGUUUUGCAACUUCCUACUGUAGUCGAUGAUGACUUUGUUUUCCGGAGAGAAAAAAACAUCGAUUAACAGGGUUAACUAAUUCAUGUGUGGAUUUUAAGCAAGCAUCGCUAGCUUCUAAUUAAAAUCCUAACUAAUUUUACUGUAGUCCUAGCUGCACCAAACUUCGCCACCCAUUUGUGGAAUCCAUUUUUUGCAUAAAAGAACAACAUUCCAAAACAUUUUCAAUAAAACAUAUCAGUCAUUAAGUGCAUUUCAAUGCCACACAUAGUGAUAUAUGAAACUAUAUAGUCAAUUUCUUGUGUCUUGCACAUGCAUUCGCUAAUUCACAUGUAAAAUGGAAAAAAGUGUUGACUAAUAAGAAUUUUAGUGUCCUACAAAAAAAUAUAUACACAGAUAUUUACAUAUAUAUAGAUAAUUAUAAAUAUAUUUCUGAACCUUAAUUAUAAUGUGGAUCUAAAGGAUAUUUACCAUUUAAGGGUAAAAGUAUAAAUAACAUAAUUAAUAUCUAUUUUUAUUGCUUUGUGGACACUAAAAUUGCUCAGGAAAGUGAAAUGUCCUAUUCAUUCAAAGAUCACAUCACCAUUUAAAUGUGCAAAUGUAAGAAAAUUUAAAUGUGUUUACAUAAAAUGACAUUUUUAUGAUUUUUUUUUCCUUUUUUUGCAAUUUUAGUGCAUAUGAGCCAAAUCGUUGAGUGUAUAAGAGCUAUAUUGUGUAUUUUAUUAAAUUAAUAUAUAGUUGUGUUGCAAAAAAAUAUUUGGGCUUAUAUUGUAAAUGGCAAGUGUUGCCUCAGUAGCUGUCGAACUCUAUGAGUUUUUUUCCUGCUUCCUUUUCUGUGUGGAGUACAGGACGCAGUGCCUCGGAGCAAAGUCUCUGUGUUAAAUGUAUGGUCUACAAGCUACGGUAGUACGUAAUCUGUUCAAAAUGUGUCUACAUGAUUUAAUUCAGAGCAAAAGUGAGUACAAAACACAGCAAUCCUUCUGUCAUGACAUUGUCGAACACUUCUGUUAACAAAACAAGCAUAGCAACAGACAUAUUUUUCAUUCGUAUUAGUAACAUUCCUUAACAUUAUAACUAAAGUUU